AUGGCUGCCGAUGACGUUCCUGCCGUCGCCGUACCCGGCAAAAUCAUCGGGCCUGUGAGCAAGUAUGCCUCGGGCCCCGGCACACACAUCCACGACGGCAACGUGGUGUCGUCGCUCAUGGGCAAGGUCACCAUCACUCCUCCGGCAAAGGCUCCCGGCCCCGCGAAGCGGCUGAACAAGAUCACCGCCGCCGAUCCCGAGGAAUUAGCGACGGUCUCCGUGUCGCGGCACGGAAAGAAGCGCGAGAUCCUGCCGGACGUGGGCAACGUGGUGCUGGCGCGUGUGGUGCGCCUGAUGCCCAAGCAGGCCAUCGUGGUGAUCCAGCAGGUCGGCGAUACAGUUCUGCAGACGGAGUGGCAGGGCGUUAUUCGCGUGCAGGAUGUGCGCGCGACAGAGAAGGACAAGGUCAAGAUCUACGAGUCGUUCAAGCCCGGCGACAUUGUCCGGGCAUCGGUGAUAUCGUUGGGUGACCAAGCCAACUACUACCUCUCGACAGCGUCCAAUGAGCUCGGUGUCAUCAUGGCGACAAGCGAGGCCGGCAACGACAUGGUGCCCGUCAGUUGGAAGGAGUACAAGGACCCCGAGACAGGCGCCAGCGAGCCGAGGAAGGUUGCAAAGCCUACCUGA